UUUCUCAAUUCCUUUUCAAUAAUUUUUUGUUUCGUUCUCUAUUCCAAAGGUUCUCAUCUCCUAAGAAAUUGGGAUCCACGUCUCUCCCUCAACUUAACCCUCUCAAUUUCCCUUCAAAUAUGUCCUCAAAUCCCUCCCCCCCUCAUUCGGACAAUUCAACCAAAAAAAGGAAAAAAAUUUGACCAAAAAAAAAAAAAAUUCCCCCCCUCUAUUCUCUCCUCCAAAAAAGCAAAUCUUUUCCCGUGCCAGACUCGAAUUCAGCUUCCCCUGUGGGAUUUUUCCAUUCUUUCGGGGCUGUGUUCGAUCUGGGCACGAGAUUUUCGCAAAAAUUUCAAAACUUUUUUUCUGUAGAGGUUUGCAAAUUUUUUUUUAGUUUGAUGGGUAAUUGGUCUUUUGUUUGGGGUACAUUGCCCAUUUGGUGAAAAUUGAGUGGUUGUUUUCAAUUGGGUUUUCGUAGUUAGAGAAAAUUUGAAGGGUUGAAUUGCUUGGCGUUUGAGAAGAAAAGAAAAAUGAACUGUUUUCCUUGUUUCGGCGGCGGGAAGAAGGAGAAGAAGGAUGACUCUUCUUCCGGUGAGGAAUCUAACCAUGCACCAAGCGCUCAGAAAAAGCCAGAAGCUCCCAAACCUAGGAACUCAGAAUCAACUCCUCCUGCCAGCACUGGAAAUAUUCAAUCACAGAAUUUCACAUUCCGUGAACUAGCUACGGCAACCAAAAAUUUCACACCUGAUAACAUUAUAGGUGAAGGAGGACUUGGAAGGGUUUAUAAAGGUUUUGUUGACAGCAUUGGCAUGACUGUCGCUGUUAAACAAUUAGACAGGAAUAGCCUUCACGGAAACAAAGAGUUUCUUGUGGAAGUCAUGAUGCUUAGUCUCCUUCACCAUCCAAAUCUCGUCAAUCUUGUUGGAUAUUGUGCAGAUGGAGAUCAGAGACUUUUGGUGUAUGAAUACAUGGCCAAUGGCACUCUACAAGACCAUUUGCAUGAUCUCAAACCAAAUCAGAAACCUUUAGACUGGUACACGCGAAUGAAAAUAGCUUUUGGUGCUGCUCAAGGUCUUGAAUACCUGCACGACAAGGCAAAUCCACCAAUUAUCUACCGUGAUAUGAAAACAGCAAACAUAUUACUCAAUGAUCUUAUGACACCGAAGCUAUCAGACUUUGGACUAGCUAAACUGAACCCUAUGGGAGAUAGUCUGCUCGUCUCAUCAAGUGCUAUGGGCACUUAUGGAUACACUGCGCCAGAGUGUUCAAGAAAUGGAGAGCGCACUAUGAAAUCCGAUGUAUAUAGCUUUGGGGUUGUUCUUCUGGAGUUAAUCUCGGGUAGAAAAGCCUCCGAUUCAUCCAAGCCAGUGACUGAACAGAAUCUCGUCACAUGGGCACAGCCAAUGUUUAGGGAGCAAAAGAAGUACCCCGAGCUAGCUGACCCGAUACUUCAAGGCGACUACCCUCUAAAAUCCCUGAACCAAGCAGUUGCAGUUGUAGCCAUGUGUCUUCAAGAAGAGGCAUCGGUUCGUCCAUUAAUGGCCGAUGUUGUUAUGACACUAAGCUUCUUGAUCGAACCAAUGCCUACUCCUCAAACGAGUCCAACCUCAAUUCCUGAUCAAACACCACCUCCUCAAGUCCAAACCCAAAGCCAACCCCAAGAAAUUAAACAAAAAUCCUCGAGCUCGAGUUCAGAUGAACAUGUAGUUGAGACUCUUCAACUAGGCCUGACCUCAAGGAGAAGUCAAGCGGGGUCCAAGCCUCCAAGUCGUACAAGCUCAAUACACAGUUCGAGCUCAAACAAAAGUUCAAGCUCUAGCUCACGACAAAGUUCAAGGAAAAGUUCAAGAAAAAACUCGAAGAAACACAGAAAGGAGUCAUUUAGACAAAUAAGUGAUGCUAGUUCAAUCUCAAAAGAAGAACAGGAACAAGAACAAGAACAGGAUGUAUCCGAUCAUGAUGGAAGUGAUAGUAACUCAAGUUCCAAAUAUUCGAGGGAUUAUUCUAACUAUGGAAGUAGUAAUUUCAUGAGUUUGAAGAUCACCGGGGGGUCGUCAAAGCAUGGAAGUCAGAGCUCAGUAUCUAAAGAGGGAUCUGAGCAUGGAAGUGAGGAUUCAGUUUCAAGACACUCUGAGGAAUCUGAACAUGAGUAUGAAUCUGAUUGAUAUUGAAUGAAUCUGAGUACAAACUUCAUUAGAUAUAUGUAUAAAGGAGUUUUGGGUUUUUUGUGUAUGUUUAUACUCAUUCAUGUGUUACGCAUCAAAUGAAUAUAUAAUGUGAAGAUCAUAAGAAUUUACACCUCUAUGUCGAAAAUCUGUUUAUUGUUCCUGUUUGAUAUG